GCCACCUCAUAUCUAGUCAGGAUUUCCCCGAGAGAGGUUCGCCGAAACCGGGCAGAGAAUACGGGGGUACAUCGGGGAGAGAAACCUGGAUUUGCCGGUUAAACAACACUUAUACACCGGCUGUGGAUAAUCUGUUACCCCCCGGACGGGAUUAGGUUUCGUGAUUCAGCGGUAAAUUAGGCGCCGCCGUUUUUCUGAUGAGAAACCGAUCCGUCGCCGGAGAGCAGUCGAACCGCGGCGCAUAGGAGGCAGCUAGCUAGCUAGCUUGCUAAAUAUUUUUCUCUGGACACCCUUCCGAGCCUAGGAGUAGAACUCGGUGGCCGGGGGAAAAGUACUAAUCAGCUAAUCAAAGUCCGGAAAGAGAAAAAAAAGUCGUAUCGAAUAGGUUGUUCUUGUAAUACUUGCAGACACGGGGCAAAGAAGGACCACCGGCCAAGCGGACCCCCCGAGCGACAAGAAGGGGCCCGUUUAGCAGGGACGAAGCCAGGGAGUGGGGAGGAGUAUCCGUCUCUUGAGGGAACACGUCCCCCCCCGCUCUGUCGAAGUUACGGCGCCGAGCUAACGGCACCGAACGUGCUGGAACUGAGCGGAACCGAUCACCGGGAUUUGUCAACUGAGAGCCGGGGAGGAACCGGACAGAGACCUCAUGAAUGGAAAUCGGAACUACAGGAGCCGUUGGGGCCCAGUCCCUGUUCACCGUCCCGCGCCGCCCCGGAUAUGGCACCAUGGGCAAGCCCAUCAAGCUGCUGGCCAACUGCUUCCAGGUGGAGAUCCCCAAGAUGGACGUCUACCUCUAUGAGGUGGACAUCAAGCCUGAGAAGUGCCCGCGUCGCGUCAACAGGGAGGUGGUGGAUUCCAUGGUGCAGCACUUUAAGGUGACCAUCUUCGGGGAUCGAAGGCCAGUUUACGAUGGAAAGAGGAGCCUCUACACAGCCAACCCACUACCUGUGGCCCCCGCCGGGGUGGAUCUGGACGUCACGCUGCCCGGGGAGGGGGGCAAGGACCGUCCCUUUAAGGUCAGCAUAAAGUUUGUGUCGCUGGUGAGCUGGCACCUCCUCCACGAGGUCCUGACGGGCCGCAGCAUGCCCGAGCCCCUGGAGCUGGACAAGCCAAUCAGCACCAACCCCGUGCACGCCGUGGACGUGGUGCUGCGCCACCUGCCCUCCAUGAAGUACACACCUGUGGGACGUUCAUUUUUCUCUGCACCGGAGGGGUACGACCACCCCCUGGGCGGGGGGCGGGAGGUGUGGUUUGGGUUCCACCAAUCGGUGCGUCCCGCCAUGUGGAAGAUGAUGCUAAACAUCGACGUGUCUGCCACAGCCUUUUACAAAGCGCAGCCUGUCAUCCAGUUCAUGUGUGAAGUCCUGGACAUCCACAACAUCGACGAGCAGCCCCGCCCACUCACCGACUCCCACCGGGUCAAGUUCACCAAAGAGAUUAAAGGUCUGAAGGUGGAGGUGACGCACUGCGGAACGAUGAGGAGGAAGUACCGCGUGUGCAACGUGACCCGCCGCCCCGCCAGCCACCAGACGUUCCCCCUGCAGCUGGAGAACGGGCAGACGGUGGAGCGCACCGUGGCGCAGUACUUCAGAGAGAAGUACAACCUGCAGCUCAAGUACCCUCACCUGCCCUGCCUACAGGUGGGCCAGGAGCAGAAACACACCUACCUGCCGCUCGAGGUGUGUAACAUCGUAGCGGGGCAGCGCUGUAUCAAGAAACUGACCGAUAAUCAGACCUCCACCAUGAUCAAAGCCACAGCGCGCUCCGCACCCGACCGACAGGAGGAGAUCAGCCGGCUGGUGCGCAGUGCCAACUACGAGGCGGACCCGUUCGUGCAGGAGUUCCAGUUUAAGGUCCGGGACGAGAUGGCCCACGUGACGGGGCGCGUCUUACCUGCGCCCAUGCUGCAGUACGGGGGCAGGGUGAGCACAGAACACUUUAUGAACCGGACGGUGGCCACGCCCAGCCACGGCGUGUGGGACAUGCGCGGAAAGCAGUUCCACACGGGCGUGGAGAUCAAGAUGUGGGCCAUCGCCUGCUUCGCCACGCAGAGGCAGUGCAGAGAGGAGAUCUUAAAGGGUUUCACGGACCAGCUGCGGAAGAUCUCUAAGGAUGCUGGGAUGCCCAUCCAGGGCCAGCCGUGCUUCUGUAAAUACGCGCAGGGUGCAGACAGCGUGGAGCCCAUGUUCAGGCACCUGAAGAACACCUACUCUGGGCUGCAGCUCAUCAUCGUCAUCCUGCCCGGCAAGACGCCGGUCUAUGCGGAGGUGAAGCGGGUGGGGGACACUCUCCUGGGAAUGGCCACUCAGUGCGUCCAGGUGAAGAACGUGGUGAAGACCUCUCCCCAGACCCUCUCCAACCUCUGCCUCAAGAUCAACGUCAAGCUGGGCGGCAUCAACAACAUCCUGGUGCCACACCAGCGGCCUUCAGUGUUCCAGCAGCCGGUGAUCUUCCUGGGGGCCGACGUGACCCACCCCCCUGCGGGAGACGGAAAGAAGCCCUCCAUCGCAGCGGUGGUGGGCAGUAUGGACGCUCAUCCCAGUCGCUACUGUGCUACGGUGCGGGUCCAGAGGCCCAGACAGGAGGUCAUUCAGGACCUGGCAUCCAUGGUCCGGGAGCUGCUGAUCCAGUUCUACAAGUCCACCCGCUACAAGCCCACACGCAUCAUCUUCUACCGGGACGGGGUGUCCGAGGGCCAGUUCAGACAGGUGCUUUACUACGAGCUGCUGGCGAUUCGCGAGGCCUGUAUCAGUCUGGAGAAAGAGUACCAGCCGGGCAUCACCUACAUCGUGGUGCAGAAGCGCCACCACACCCGCCUCUUCUGCGCCGACCGCAACGAAAGGGUCGGGCGAAGUGGAAACAUUCCUGCAGGCACGACUGUGGACACGGACAUCACGCACCCCUACGAGUUUGACUUUUACCUCUGCAGUCACGCGGGAAUUCAGGGCACCAGCCGCCCCUCCCACUACCACGUCCUGUGGGACGACAACUGCUUCACUGCGGACGAGUUCCAGCUGCUCACCUACCAGCUGUGCCACACCUACGUGCGCUGCACCCGCUCCGUCUCCAUCCCCGCCCCCGCCUACUACGCCCACCUGGUGGCCUUCCGAGCCCGCUACCACCUGGUGGACAAAGAGCACGACAGUGCGGAGGGCAGCCACGUUUCGGGGCAGAGUAACGGGCGGGACCCCCAGGCUCUGGCUAAGGCCGUGCAGAUUCACCACGACACCUUACGCACCAUGUACUUCGCCUGAGAGUCCUCCCAUACCCCCCCACACCC